AUGUUUCCGGAACGGUGUCUGAAAGCGCAAUGUUCUGUGGUGUUUCAUCCAGAAUGUCCGCCAGACUCACGGCAAGUGAUGUUACCACCACCACACGGCGAGUGCUGCGGUCGACCAGGGACUUGUCACUGUGAUCUCCAGAAAUGUGAGGCAUUCGUUCCCAUCUGUGAGAAGGGCAUGGAAAGGGUUUUGGUAAAAGAAGGCAGUCACCAACCCGGCUCAUGCUGUGAUGUGUUUGAAUGCCGAAAAAAAGAACUUCGUUGCGAAACAGUGAGAUGUCCAUCGCAGGUAUUCGACGAGGACGAAGGUGUAGAGUGUCCAGCGGAUAGUGUACGUCCAGCGGAACACGUACCACAUGGCCUCUGUUGCCCAGUUCGGCCUGGAUGCCGCUGUCGCGCCGCCGUAUGUCGUCCGGCCGUCUGCGAGGAAGGGAAACGUUUGCACAUAAUCCGUAAAGGUACAGGAACUCCAGGACGAUGUUGUGAUGAGUGGACAUAUAUACUAUUUAAAGAAAUGAAUAACGUAAACACAUAUUCGGAUGGUCAGGAAUGGCAUACCUCAUCGUGUGAGGUCUGUCGAUGUAAAAAAGGAGUUGCGGUGUGCAGUAAGAUGACGUGCCCGAAAACACCUGCACAAUGUUCAUGGAUUGUGAUUCCGGAGGGCGAGUGCUGUCCGAUUUGUGUCGGAUGCCAGACAGAAAAGUUAGAAAAGAAGAUGAAAAAUGAGACAUGGCAGAAGGAUGAUUGUACAACUUGCACUUGUUCUGAAUCUGGGACAUCCAUAUGCGUGAAGCACAUGUGUCGUACCGAAUGCGAGAAUCCACGUAAAGUAGAAGGACAGUGCUGUCCUGUGUGUGAUGAGCCAUUGCUGUUGACGAUGCCAGUGGCUUGUCCUUCAAUCGAGCACUGUCCUUUACGAUGUGAAGCCGGCCUUCAACGGGACGAACGUGGUUGCUUCCAGUGCGAAUGUGUGCCAUCUACUCGACCUGACCGAUGUCCAGAACUUUCUGAGCAUAAUUGUGACAAACAAUGUGCACACGGUUAUUUGAACGAUGCAAGCGGCUGUGUAGUUUGUAAAUGUGCGAAGUGUCCGCCUUUGCACCAGUGCAUGAAGCAUUGCCUCUACGGCUACGAGACGAACUCGGUUGGAUGUCCGGUCUGUAAAUGCAGUGCAAAAUUGACUAUUCCGGAGAAGAUUGGGCGUUUAGCCGGAUGGGACAAAUGUCUUUCGCUGAACAGUGGCUCGGGCGUCGUCGUCGAACGUGACGCCGGCGAAUGGUGGAGCGACGGAUGUCGCCAUUGCUUCUGCGAACAGAAACAGGUAUUCUGCUCGUUGAUUUCAUGUGCUCCUCGUCCUGACGAUUGUGCUGAAGAGAAUUGGACUCAACAGGAAGGAGCUUGUUGUCCAUCCUGUGUGACCACGUCGCAAAAACCAGUGCUCGCUUCGAAGCACGAAUACACUGUAUGUCAGUCACCGGGUUCCGGUCGAAUAUUUAUAGACGGCGAAACAUGGCAACUGGCGCCAUGUGUGUCGUGUACUUGUCGUGUAGGUCACGUUCUAUGUCGUGCCCUCGACUGUCCGCCCAUCGCAUGCCAUCAACCCUUCAUGCACCCAGACGACCAAUGUUGUCCACGGUGUCCGAACAACACGGAGAUCACCGACACAUCAGCGGUUUGUACAGACAACUACGGUACUGCUCAUGUGGCUGGUGCUUCAUGGAGACCCGAUGAUUGCACAUCUUGUGAGUGCAGCCUCGAUGCUAAAGUGAUCUGUUAUCGUGAACAGUGUGAUACAGACAUCACCUGUCGUGGUAAACCGCUCACAAUCAAAGGCCGAUGUUGCCCUAUUUGUGAAGAUGCACUAUCAAGUACGGUGUGUUCGCUUGACUCGUCAGUGUAUACAGUUGGUGAGGAAUGGCGUCAGGACACGUGCACCAACUGUUCGUGCCAUUCCGGUGGUCGUACGGUUUGCCGUCAGUUAGUUUGUCCACAAUGCAUCGAACCGGUGCCAAUCGAAGGGCAUUGUUGUCCGCUCUGUAAAGGUUUGUUUAGUAACCGCAUUAUUUUAGUAACCUGUUUGCUUGUGCUUUUCGUAGCUACUUGUGUAUUUCUCAGUAUUUUGAGCUCCUCAUUUGAACAAGUUUCGUGCAUGACAGCUCUUAUAAUAUAG